UGCAAGGGCUAGUUACGAGACUUGACAUCAAUCGCGCGAGAUUCAAGAUGGAAACACUUUCUUCUCUUAUUCGGGAAACCUUCCCAAAUUACCUGAAAAACCUUCCAAUACCACGUUCAUUUGGUGGAUUUGCUGAUCUAUCAGGAGGAGACUGGUUUCGUUUAAUCCCCUUUGUCGGAAGUGUAUCACUUGUGGUAUAUGCAACUGUAAGGACCCUCUUACCACCACCACCCAACAGAUCCGCAUUAUGCAACCCAGCUAUACAAAAAGACAGCCCCAAAGUGGCAAAUGUUGUUGAUAUUGAAGACAUAGGAGAGAAAGCUGUAUUUUGCAGGUGCUGGAGAUCCAAAAAGUUCCCAUAUUGUGAUGGCUCCCACAAUGCACAUAAUGAGAAGACUGGUGACAAUGUAGGACCACUAAUAGUAAAAGGGAAACAGUAGCUGAAUCUUAAACAAUCAGGAAAUUCUCGACCAAAUUUGGUAUUAAGAACAGUGCAUACGAUUACAGUAUUGAGAUUAACAUGUCAUUGACUGAUCAUCGAGGAAAAAAAUAUCCAUAAAACUUGAUAAUCAUAAGAAUGAUAUGGCUAAAUAGUUCAGAGCAAAGUUUGUGAAUAUAGUUUAAACACUAAUUUGUUGAAUAAUUUAAGUAAUGCAUAUUGUUCAAAUGGAAACAUAUCAUGAUAUGAUUUGACGUUGAGAAACUGUGCCUUCUUUGGGGAGUCUUGUAUCGGAAUUUCCGGACCUCCCUCUUCUCUCUCCUUCACUGACUGAACCUUCACUGAACCUUGUAGAUGCGAGGGGUGUAGGUUGAAGUCACGAGGCCUUGAAACAAGAUUCUUUUUGGGAGAAGAGAUAUUUUAUCAAAAUCUGUGUUAAAUAUGGCAAAUAACUGCUGUGAAUAACAAUGGCUUCUUGAAAUUGUUGGACCAAUAUCAGGGUACUACUCAUAAAUGCCAAAUUAAGUUAAACAUAAGAAUGAAUCAAAAGAUUUUCAAUAUUUUUACUUAAUUCUCAUUUGUGUGAGCACUGAACUUUGCAGUUUUUCAGAUCAAGAACCUUUUCAUUCAAUCAUUGGAAUAUAAGAAUAUUAGUUCAUGCGUCAAUCAUUUACUC